GGGCCAGAGGAGGGUUGUGAAGAGUCAGAGAGCUUGAGCCCAAAGCAUGGUGAAAACUUCUACAUGAGAGGAAAAUAAAAGAGCUAAAUCUGAUGGUCCAUGAAAAGCUGGUGAUAGCACAUGGAUGUGCAGCCAAAGGAGGAGAGCACUUCUGCCAAGGCUUCCAUGAGGAAUGUGUGGGUGGGAGCUCUUGCCCCAUCUCUCACACAUGUGUGUUACCCAAACCACAGCAAAGGAGAGACAUGGAAGCAACGCUGUGCUGAAGACACCAAAAGAAGCUGACUGCAGAGCAGGGACCUCUGUUGCCCCCCCAGAUCCCCAGCCUGGCAACCUGAGAGUUGGCUGUAGCUAUUUCAUUUCCAGGAAAGAGGCUGAUGCUGUUGACCGUGGAAGCUCUCUGGGAGGAAGGACGAAGGCAUUCUGCAUUUGAAGAGCUUCCAGAAAAGCCUGACAAUUACAAAUUUCAGAGGAGGAGGUUUGAUCUGGAGAGUGAAAACAGCUUGCUGCUUGGAGGACUGUCCACAAAAGAACAAAGCUCUGAGAACACUUCCCUGCGCUGUGCCCCGCUAGAGAUAACGUAGAGCCAAGAUGCUGGCCUCAGGAAACACAACUAUUGGGUCCUGCUCUUGGCUGGGGCUUCUAGCCACCACUACAAGUAACAGGCAUGAUUCUCCCUGUACGCUCGUCUCCACCUUCUCUGUCCAUGCUCCAGUGCUUGUGAGAGCCUGCAAAGAGACGCUGUCUUCUGUGGCUUCAGGAUCCCAGCAAGAAAUGGGAGUCUGAUGGAUUGUAAAUGCACCUGCUUUGUUUAAAACCCAGCCAAACAGAUAAGUGCACUUUUCAUUCUCUCUGAACAGUGCUUUAGACAGCUCUGCACAGCAUCUCUCUUCAGUUUGGUGAGGCUCUGUGUUUCACUCCUGCAAAUGAAUGCUGUGUGGGUCUCACUUCAGCUGAGAAAUACCAGACAAUAUUGGUAUUUCACACUAAGGUAAUUAAUUGGUGUCUGAGGGAACUGCAGCUGAGAGGCUGGGAGGCUCCCAGGGGUCUAUCCCAGCUCUUCCAGAGCCACUGUCUCCAGCAGCCCUGUGAGGUUUUGGGACUCUGAGGAGCAGCUCUGUGGGACCAGACGAGGCUGAUGUGACCCAUCUGAGCCUUAAAGAGUCCUAUGGGACUCUUUAGAGGUUUAAUAACUAAACUUGGCUGGUUUGAUUGAGAAGAUGCUUGUGCAGGCUUGGCACAAUCUCAGAGAAACCAGCUCAUGCUGCUGGCAGGAGAAAGGGCUUUCUUCAUGUGCUUGUCAUAUGUGUGCAGAGAAAGUGAUAACCCUGCUUCCUCCCACCAGCUUCCAGGUGGGGAAUGAGCUGGGGAGGAGGGAGAAAAGACCUUGGUUACACUGAGUUUACCCAGGGCAUGCAGAGAAGUAUCGUGGGUGAGUGGUAACAAGAUUUGUCCCCUCAAAGUUAGGGGAACAUUUUUAUCUCUCUACCAAGAAAGCAAUUUCUGGCUGCUUAGGUCUGCUUCUAGAGGUGACAACUGUCUCCUCUGCAAUUAUUAAAUUCUUCAAGAAACCUAUAAAAGAGGGUCUCAUGUAAAGUGGAACUUUGCAAUAAUAUACAGCCAUGGGGCUGGGGCAAAUGUUCACCAUAAUACAAUUUACUGUGUUAGAAUAAUGAAAAGAAAAGCACUGAAGCUGAGUGUGUGAGCAUUAUUGGGGUUGUGUGGCAGGAGGCUGGACAAGAGCCAAAUUAUCUACUCCAGUCUUGUCUUGCCUGCUCUUCCAGGGAUAAUUGCUAGUAUAAAACAUCUACCUUGCUAUUAGGAAAACUACAACUAGGUUUGCUACAGCAAAUUAGGCUGUAGUAACUGACCUGAAUUCAUCUCACCUACCUAAGCAGAAGGUGGGUUUCCUGGUGAAGUUGCCAAUUUAGGGGUGAUAGAGAGAGACAGGAGAUUGAAGGAGGGGAAGUGGGAGGUUGCUGCAGUUUGUGAGAACUAAAUCUGGAUUAACUCAUGAUCCCUGAAGUGUCUGAAGUUCCUUCUUUUCUAGGAAAAACUUCACUGCUCUGUUAUUACCAAGGAAUUUUUUACAUUAAUAGAAGAUAUGGCACAUCUGUUAGUAAUGACUAAGCUCUGUCUUACAACUGUAACAGUAUUUAUUCCUGACUCUGCAGUACUUUGAAAGCAAAAAAGCUUGACACUGUAUUAGGAAACACUGAUUAAAUGGAGCUCUAGUGAGAAAUCAGGGCUAGUUCAUUCAGCAAGGGUGGGAAGGAAGUUUAAAAAGCUUAAAUCCUCUCUGUGCACCAACUAAUGCAGCUUAAUGUUUUCCUCAUCUCAGAUAUUGUUUCUCAAGGUGUUGACUGUUAGGUUUGCAACUUUAAAUCUCUUUUCUGCCAGUGAGCUGAAAUCAAUGUAUUCCCCAUUAGAUCCCAUUAAAUUAACCCCAAACUGGCCAGUUCCAGUCUGGGCAAUCUGACAUUACUCAAAGUCAAAUUUGGGAAUCAUCCUGAGGUGUGGCUGGCAUACAACAUGUAACACUCAGUGCUGCCUGGAAGAAGAAGCAGAAAACACUUGAAGUGUCUCUUGGGAGCUGUACUGAUGAGAUAUGUGAUACCAAGGGUGUUCUACUCACCUGUGGUUUGGCUGGUACUUCCUGCAGCUGAGGAGAACAGAUUCAACAGCUCUUGUCCAGUUACUGAAAAAAAUUUUGUCCCGAAAAGAAGAUCCUUGAAUCCCUAACUCCUUGUCUUACAGGUGAACCUUGAGGACACUUGGGAGAUUGUAGCUCCUGAAUGUGUGACCUUCCCCUGUGAUUAGAAGAAAGCCAUGGGGAAAGACAAGAAAGAAGAGGCCAUCUUCCUGAGGAAAAAGAUCACUUUGCUGCGGGCUUUCUCGCUGCUCAUCGGCAGCAUGGUUGGCAGUGGCAUCUUCAUCUCCCCCAAAGGAGUCCUGAAAAACUCCGGCAGUGUGGGAUUCUCCCUGCUCGUCUGGUUUUCCUGUGGGCUCCUCUCCAUGUUUGGUGCCUUGUGUUAUGCAGAGCUUGGAACAAGAAUCACCAAGUCUGGAGGACACUAUAUCUACAUUUUGGAGACACUAGGGCCUCUGCCAAGUUUCUUAUUCCUGUGGGCAGAGUUUUUUGCUAUCAGGCCUGCCAACAGUGCUGUGGUUUCCCUGGCAUUUGGGCGCUACAUGCUGGAGCCAUUCUUCGCCCCCUGUGCUGCCCCUGUCCCCGCGGUGAAGCUCGUGUCUCUCCUGGGCUACUACAUGGUCCUGACCCUCAAUUCCUGGAGUGUCACCUGGAGCGCGCGGUUGCAGACGGCUCUCUCCAUCGUCAAACUCCUGGCCCUUGCCCUCAUCAUUGUGCCAGGGAUGAUGCUGCUGGCCCAGGGCCACACCGAGCACUUCCAGGAUGCUUUUGACAGACAGUCACUGGUUCUGGAUAAGCUCCCCCUGGCUUUCUAUGCAGGCAUGUUCGCAUACUCCGGCUGGUUUCAGACUGGUUUUGUGCGUGAAGAGUUGGUCAAACCUGAACGGUAAGGCUGGGAGGAAGCGCACUGGAAAUAUCCCCUGGCUGUCAUUGUGUCUGUGAUCACGGUAAUUGUGGGAUACAUGCUCACCAACGUCUCCUAUUACACAGUCCUGGGAACAGAAGAUGUUCUGGCUUCUCCUGCUGUGGCUGUGAGCUUUGUGCAGCGAGCCUUCAAAAGCCUGAUCUCUGUGGUCCCUGUCCUUGUCGCACUGUCCUGCUUUGGAACCAUGAAUGGAGGAAUCUUCACGUUUUCAAGGACUCUGUUUGUGGCUUCCAGGGAAGGGCAGUGGCCUCCUCUCUUCUCCAUGAUCCACAUUCGAAGGCAUACACCCCUUCCUGCUGUCAUGUUAAUGUUCCCUUUGGUCACUGCCAUGGUGUGCAUUGGAGACAUCUACCAUCUACUGAACUUCUUCAGCUUUUCCCGAUGGCUCUUCAUAGGAUUGGCCACCCUGGGGCUCAUCGUCCAUCGUCACCGUCACCCAGAGCUGCAAAGCCCCUUCAAGGUUCCCCUGUUUGUUCCUGUCUCUUUUACCAUCAUCUGCCUUUUCACAGUGGCAAUGUCUUUCUACUCAGACCCUGUAAACAUCAGCAUUGGAUGCACCAUAGUUUUGAGUGGUUUUCCAGUCUACUACCUCAUCAUUCACAGGCAGAUGUCAGACCGCUGCCGCAACCUGUUUUGUGCUGUGUCUAGGACAGAGUGCAGAGUAGAGACUUUGCUAGGCAGAACAAGCAGCCAGGUGCCCAUCAGCUCUUCACUUGUGUUGUCUCCUGACUCAUCUGUCUGCUCCUGAAAAUGGACACCCAGAUCACACCACUGCUACUGUAACAUCUGCAUUUCUGGAGAAUGAAUAUCAAGCUGACAAGAAUGGUGUUAUUUUCUUCAGGGCUGGUUCUCAGCAGUAUAAGUUAGACUUUGCAG